AUCACAUCACAUCACUCAUCACCAACCCUGACCCUCGACCCUGACCGAUCCUGGGCAACGAGCCCUGUACCUCAUCAAUUUGCGCGCGACCACCAGCCAGGGCUUGCAGGACACAUCAUGCACAGUAGAUUGCGACCGCCUCCCUCCCUCCCUGCCCUCCUCCCCUCAGCGAUAUCAAUUAAUCAAUCAAUCAAUGGAUCAAUUGAGCCCUCCAUGCAGUCCGUUCUAGUCGCGCGCAACGACAAACUCGCGCUCCCAGGGCAGGCAGAUAUACAGUACUAUAGUCCAUGGCCGAGCAUGGAACAAUUGGUGGAGAGAGAGAGAGAGAGAGAGAGCGUUCGCUCAGACUGUGUGCGCGUGAGGGCGUCGUUCUCCCCAUCAGCCCGACUCGAGCAGACGGUGAUCGUUCCCUUUCAUUCGGAAGAACGCCGAGUCCUGAUCGACGCCAUACGUCGCUGGGCAAAACUUGUACAGGUAGGUUGGAACAGGGACAUCAUGCCUGGUGGCGGCACCACUGCAGCCGGCACUGGGCACGAUGAGAUGCAUCGCGACCCGAGUGGCGGCCAUCCACAGACAGAGCGAAAACAUAUUAUGCAUGAAGGUAGGUAGGUGGGAAGGAAGGUGCAAGUCAAAAGUCGUGGUCGUCAUGAUUUAUGCAGAAACAACAACCCUAGCAGAACCCUUCGAAUUCGUGGUUCGUUCAGGGCGGUGACCAGAAACGCCGUCAGGACCCCAUCCCAUCCCAUCGU